UUUCAGAGGUAUGUUAACUUGUCUUAUUGUCUUAUUAUGAGGGGUAGGUGGACUGUUUAUAUACAUAUAUGCACAGACCCACACCCCAAUAUCAUCAGCCACACGCCACAGCCACCGGGAUAUUCAACAGUCUAGUGGACGGUAACAUGCGACCGUAAGGAAGAAGUCUCUAGACGGAAGAGAGCUCCGUGUGGAAGAAGGCUCCGUUAGGAAUAAAUUCCCCUGAUCCUUAGCCGAUAACUAGCCGUGACCAUAUAAGCUAAAGUAGUUAACUACGGCCUGGGGAAUAUGGCAGGAAAGUGGACAGAGCACGGUCUUGUCCAGGAGGAUAUAUUUCUGUGGGCAGGGUGGAUUAAUUCUUGUAGCAGACUUGACCGCCGCGACCCUAAAAUAACCAAACCCAUGUCAUUAUUUGCUUUGAUAUGUUUUGACUCAUGCUUAUAAUAAACUAACAAUGACGGAAGUUCCGACACAGACGUUUGUUUAGAUACUGAUAUAGAUCAGCGUACCACCCCCUAAUCUGAUUUAUCGAGUCGAAGACGGCUCACUCAACUCCCGG